AAAAGUACAAAGAAUCAACCCUUGUGUCUCUUCGGUGUCAGAUAAAAUUAAAAGAUUAGAUACACAAACAAAACAAACCUUGAAUUAAUGUUUUAGCUUCUAGACAUAACAUUAAAUGUACAGUGCUUCUGUUACUGUUUGUGGGGUAUAGUUUUUUGUAGCACAGUGACUAUAGAACCAGAAGUGUGUGCGUUUUGUGCUGUUUUAGUUACCAAACUGUUCCUAAGUUGCUCGUAUUAGUGACUUUCGUCUUAAAACACUACUCUACUGGGAGGUUUUGAAGUUUUGUUGAUUCUUUUUCAGGAGACUUUCAGCUGGUCAGCUUGGAUCAGAAUUUUGCCUUCAGCUUUUGGUAUUACAUUCCAUUUUGCGAGUGUUUGUGGAAGAUUCAGCAGUUUAAGCUCUGCCUGGGUGUAAAGGGCAGAGAACUGAAGGUCUGGGUUGAAAUUUUGUUGGACAGAUGAUGCCUGUAAAAUGGCUUGGAAGUGUGCUUUUUCUUGUAAUUGGCAUGUUCGCCAAUGUGUUAGGUGCAUAUGUUGGAGUAAACAUUGGAACUGAUGUUUCUAAGAUGCCAUCGGCUUCGGAUGUCGUUGCCAUACUUAAAGCCAAUCAAAUUACUCAUGUGCGCCUAUAUGACGCUGAUAGUCACAUGCUGAAAGCCCUUGCAAACACUGGAAUUGAAGUAAUUGUUGGUGUCACAAAUGAGGAAGUCCUGGGGAUUGGAGAAACUCCGUCAACAGCAGCAGCCUGGAUUAAUAAAAAUGUUGCAUCUUACAUGCCUUCAACUAAUAUUACAGCUAUCUCUGUUGGCAGUGAGGUGCUUACUGCAGUCCCUAAUGUUGCACCGGUUUUGGUGUCUGCCAUGAAUAACCUUCAUAAGGCCUUAGUUGCUACUGAUCUAAAUUUCCAAGUCAAAGUUUCAACACCCCACAACAUGGAUGUUAUUCCCAAACCAUUCCCUCCUUCCACUGCUACCUUUAAUUCUUCAUGGAACUCUACAAUUUACCAGAUCCUUCAGUUUUUGAAGAAUACUAACUCCUAUUUCAUGUUAAAUGCUUAUCCUUAUUAUGGUUACACCAAGGGAAAUGGUAUUUUUCCAAUUGAUUAUGCCCUUUUCAGAUCACUUCCUGCAGUCAAGCAAAUUGUUGACCCAAACACGCUUCUCCACUAUGACAGUAUGUUUGAUGCCAUGGUAGAUGCUACCUACUAUUCUAUAGAUGCUUACAAUCUUUCAGGGAUCCCUGUUGUUGUUACAGAAUCUGGUUGGCCUUGGCUUGGUGGAGGCGAUGAACCUGAUGCAACUCUGGAAAAUGCUGAGACAUACAAUAAUAAUCUGAUCAAAAGAGUUUUGAAUGACUCUGGUCCUCCCAGUCAGACUUCAAUGCCCAUUAACACAUACAUUUACGAGUUGUUCAAUGAGGACAAGAGGCCUGGGCCUGUUUCAGAGAAAAACUGGGGUUUCUUUUUUACCAAUGGGACUGCCGUUUAUCCUCUGAGUUUGACUGCUUCCGGUCAAAAUAUGGGAAAUUCUUCUGGUGUUUUCUGUGUGGCAAGAGAUGAUGCAGAUUCUGAUAAGUUGCAAGAAGGGCUGAACUGGGCUUGUGGGCAAGGCAAGGCUAAUUGCUCUGCCAUCCAAGAGGGAAAGCCAUGUUAUCUUCCCAACACUGUCAAGAGUCAUGCUUCAUAUGCCUAUAAUGAUUAUUAUCAGAGAAUGCAUAAUGUUGGCGGAACAUGCAACUUUGAUGGUACAGCUAUGACAACUUCUGUUGAUCCCAGUUAUGGCUCCUGUAUAUAUGCAGGAAGUUCUAAUUCAAGUACACCCGGGGGGUUCUCACCUACUGUGGCAUUCGGACCUACAAGUCCCUUAGGAGGAGGGAGUACAACCUUGCUAGUUUCCAAAAUUCAGGUUCUGGUAUCAGCAGCCUUUCUCACUCUAAUCUUGCUUUGAUUUUCCGUCUAUGUGAUUCUCUACCCCUAGGGCAGUUAGAGCAGCAGCAAUCGAGAUUGCAAAGAAUGAAACACGGAGAUGCAAAAACUCAAUGAAAAUUGACAAUGUAAUGAAGUCAUAGGCAAUGCACAAGCUCAGAGACUCUCUAGGGUGGUUCAAUAGUUGAUGUGUUUCUCUUGUCUUUUACCAAUUUGGCUCCUCCUAAGAGGGUCUUUAUUCUUCUCCAGAGGGUGUAUUUUUGGUCUGAUUGUAAUGUAUAAUUUUAAGAAUGGUUAGUAGGCCUCCAUUUUUUGUGACACUUUGAUUCUGUUCCUUUCAUAAUGAAAUUGUGAUUUGGUUUAGUUUA